AUGAAGCUCAUCAGUCACCUCAGCUCGAUCGCUCUCCUCGCCGCUGUGAAAUUCGCCCUUGCGCAGAAUGAGACUUUCCUGGCCGGAUUGUUGAGCACGCUCAACGAGACGGGCGCCAGCUCUCUCUCCGGCCUUGCUUCCCAGCUCAAUUCAUCUGAUCAAGGUCGCUCUCUCCUCACCGCGCUCUCUAACGGGGACCCUUAUGCAUUGUUCGCUCCGAAUGAUACUGCUUUCUCCAAUGCGCCCUCUAGUGCAUUUACAAACAUAGACAACUUCAUUGCAUACCAUCUCGUAACCGGUAAUUUCAGCGGAGUCAAUACUAGUUAUGCGAACACUACUCUUGGCCGUACCUUCCUCAACGACUCGCAACUCGUUCAGCUCGAAGGCAAUCAGAGUCAAGUGCUUGCCUGGGCAUUUCGUACAGAUCACGUUACUGUCUUGAACCAGCCAAUGGAUACCAUUGUUACGAAUACCACGAGCUUCGGCAACAUUACCAUCAACGUCAUUGACCACAUCCUCACUUUCCCCGGAACCUUCGAGCAGACCGUUGCUUCAAACAACGACGCAUUCGGCGGAAUCAGCUCAGCGUUGGGCAAUGUGAGCGCUCCAUUCUUCAACGCAUCAACCGGACAGACGACCAACACAUCGGUGUUCUCCGUCGUCAACAAUGGGCUACACGGUUUCACGCUGUUUGCGCCCAAUUCAACCGCUGUUGCUGCGAUAGCGUCCGACUUGGCCAGCCUUGAGAGUAACACCACGCUACUUGAGAUUGUUCUAAAAAACCAUUUGAUCAACGGGACAAGUGCCUACUCGCCCGAGCUCGUUGGGACGAACUUCACGUCCGCGUCGGGUGAGGUGUUCUCGUCCAGCAUCAACUCUACUGGGCAGUAUGUGACGAGUGGCGGGCAGACUGCGCUCAUCGUCCAGCCUGAUGUGCUCCUCAGCAAUGGUGUCGUGCACGUCAUCGACCGCGUCCUCCUCAACACCAACGAGGACGCUGGCGCGGCAAGCUCAGCUGCGGCGUCGGCCACAUCUGCAGCAACUCAGAGCACGACAGAGACGCGUCCCAUUGGCUUCGCGCAGACUGCUUCGCUCGCAGCUGCAUCUGGCGCAACAACUGAAACAGCCUCUUCAUCGACGGGCUCCACAUCGACAGGCUCUGCAUCGACAGGCUCUACAUCGACGGGUUCUACAUCGACAGGUUCUACAUCGACGAGUUCUACCUCUACGACGACAGGCUCCACAAAUACAGGUUCCACAACUGCAGGUUCCACGACGUCAGGCUCCACAACAACUGGUUCUACAACAACUUCCGCGAGCGCGGGCGCAAGAGCAUUUUCGCCUUAUCUAGCGCAGAUCGUUAGUAUAAGUACCACGCUAGUUGGCGUAAUGAUGGGAGGGAUUUUUACGGUGGCUUGA